GUUCCCAGCUCUCUUCCGAGCUGGAGGCCUGGUGCUUCAGGCCAUCUUGACUUCCUUCCCAUUUCUCCAGGCCCAGGAUGGGUGAAUUCAAUGAGAAGAAGGCAACAUGUGGCACGGUCUGCCUCAAGUAUCUGCUGUUCACCUACAACUGCUGCUUCUGGCUGGCCGGCCUGGCGGUCAUGGCAGUGGGCAUUUGGACACUGGCCCUCAAGAGUGACUACAUUAGUCUGCUGGCUUCAAGCACCUACCUAGCCACAGCCUACAUCUUAGUAGUGGCUGGUGUUGUCGUCAUGGUGACCGGGGUCCUGGGCUGCUGUGCCACUUUCAAGGAGCGACGGAACCUAUUACGCUUGUACUUCAUCCUGCUCCUCUUCAUCUUCCUGCUGGAGAUCAUUGCUGGCACCCUGGCCUAUGUCUAUUACCAGCAGCUGAACACGGAGCUCAAGGAGAAUCUGAAGGACACCAUGAUCAAGAGAUACAACCAGACAGGCCAUGAGGGUGUGACCAGUGCUGUGGACAAGCUGCAGCAAGAGUUCCACUGUUGUGGCAGCAACAACUCUCAAGAUUGGCGAGACAGUGAGUGGAUCCGCUCCGGCAAGGCAGACAACCGUGUGGUUCCUGACAGCUGCUGUAAGACUGUGGUACCUGGCUGUGGUAGGCGGGACCACGCCUCCAACAUCUAUAAAGUGGAGGGUGGCUGCAUCACUAAGCUGGAGACAUUCAUUCAGGAGCACCUGCGGGUCAUUGGGGCUGUGGGCAUCGGCAUCGCCUGUGUGCAGGUUUUCGGCAUGAUCUUCACUUGCUGCUUGUACAGGAGUCUCAAGCUGGAGCACUACUGACCAUGGUGCCGGGCCGGGCUGCCAGCCUCGCACCACGCCCCGCCCCUACUGCUAAGUACUACUGAGUUAGACUGCUGACUGCCAGAGAUGUAGCUGUCCUCACGCCAUCACUAUGACCCCUGGUGACUCCGU